AUGGACGCUGGGGCUCGGAGCAGCUCAGGAAAAGCCCGAACAAUUCCUGGUGAGAGGCGCCGAUCGGGGCGGGAAUGUUGUUCAAAAACAGAAACUGUAGCAACUUUGGGAUCGGGCAAUUGUUGAUCGACGGAUCCAGCGUCUUCUUUCGUGCCAACCUGGAGCUUCUGCGGAGAGAGGAAGUUUCCUCCGGGCCAAUCACAUCCUCUGCAUCGGACUCUUGAGGUGACUCCAAGAUGCAGUCGACCUGCGGUUGAGGUGGCUACUAGCCAUUGGCUGCAGAUCAGCGCUUGACGUUGUGUUAUUAUUAUUAUUAUUAUUAUUAUUAUUAUUAUUAUUAUUAUUAUGCAUCUGAUUUUUUUAUAUAGUUAUAGUUUUUUAUAGUUAGUCAGCUGUUCAUUCUUGCUUGAUCCACCAAAAGAAGGGCAGCAAGUUUUCUCUGCUUCAUUAUUUCUCCUGUUUUACAGGAGCAUUAUCUGUUCACAUGCCUCAAGCCUGGGGCCUGUUACAAGUGCCUACACAGCAAGAACACAAAGUUAAUACUGGAGACUCUGGUGGAACAAUGGACACUGAAAAAGGAGGUAGCCCACCCGGACAAGAAAUAAAAAGCCAGGUCCAGAUUGGUGAAGCUUGAUUGAUGGGGGACGCUUAGACAUCUUACAGACCCUGUAACCUUUCUGCUUGACAGGUAGGCUGCUAAGUUUAUUUUAUCUAGUGUCCUGUAAUGUGUCACGUUUUCGUGACACAUUACAGGAGAUGAAAGCAUUGUGCUCCAGUAACUCCAAAAUUUAUCCCUGUUGUUAAACUUCACCAGUCUCUCAGCUAUCGCCUCACGCCCCCAACUGAGAACUUCUCAAGCCACCUCAGGACCGCCAAGAGACUGAUGUAAACAACAGUACACUUAUUACACACAGAUUUACACCAGGUAGCUAAAAGCACUCCCAGCUGCAUAACUGAGAUCUACAGAUGACUUAGCAGCGGUUAACUCACAUUUGUUUUGUGAUAGUAACAUGUAGUUAUGCUGUUUCUGCAUCUGCUGCACCUUUCUCCUGAUGAAGAUCUUUUAAGGUCAGUGCAGAUAAUUUGCCUUGUCAGCAACUAUAGGGCUUAGCUCGUUAGGUCAAAGAGAACGUGAAGUCCAGAGAGGAUUUGGUGCUGCAGCUAGAGCUUAUUUUGUAUGCUAACUGUGUGUACAGAAGUAAUUGUGUAUACUGCUAAAUUAAUCCAUGUAAGACUUCAGUAUACUAGAGUGACAGAUAGAGGGGACCCUUUAUUCCUACAAAGGAUCUCACACUCUGUAUAUAGCCUUUGGGCUCUACUUCUGUGCCUCAUCAACGGCAUGGCGCAGGUGCGGCGUAAGUCAGAUCAGCCGCGCCGAUAAGGCAUACCCAAGCACACUUUGGUAUUUUGGUCAGCAGUGCAGCUUGGCGUAAGUAUCCCCCUCCCUAACUUAGCUCCUCCUAGCGGCGUAAGUAGCAAAGAGGGAGGGGAGAAGGCGUGCAGUGGGUUUAACACAGCCGAGUCCUGUUUUCACCAAUCACAUCAGCUCCUCUCCUCGCCUUUAAAUCCGCCACCAGUGAGGCGUAUUACAAUUUUCAUGAAGUAGUCAAAGAGAUCAAGAAAUGGCUGUAGACAGCAUGCCACACGAUGGCGACAGAAGGCAGCCCCUCAACAAGUGUCACUGUUAGCGCUGUGGAGGGUGUCCUCCACACUCUCUCAAAUAAGCACAGGGGGAUUAGGUGUGUGUAAGGUUGGACCCGAGAGUUAGACAAACAUCCUUUUCCACAAAGAAAGACAAUCACAUCAAGUUGCAUAUAUUUAAACCCCAUGUGACAAAGGUGGGUUGUGCGCACAGAUCACAACAUAAACAAAUGCCAAUAAUGGCAUGAAAAUCUGAACCACCUGUGCAUAAAGGACACAUCAUGCUCUGUGGCCUGGCUCUUUCUUUCAUUGAUAUUGGAAUAUAAAAUAAAUUUGGCUCACACUAUAUAGUAUAAUAGUAUCAUAAUAAAUUCACAGAAUUUUAAGGAUCUGAGAACUGGGUGCGCCAACGUUGGCGGGCACGAAAAUAGAGCCCUUUGUCUGAAGUUUAACAUGAGCUUCAGUUUAUUUUGAGCAGAACUAACUUAUUUACUGCUAUCAAGUUAGCUUCUGAAUGGCUGAAAAAUGAUCAGAGUUACAUUUUUGGUUUAACUGUGCCAGUCUCUGUAAAAGGCCAACCCCCUCGUUUCUUUAAAAAAAAAAACUUUUAUAAAACCAAGAAUUUUUUAAAAUAGGUGGUAAACAUUUUUCUGUUGUACAUGGGAAAGGUUGGCAGAAUUAACUAACGCAUCUGUUUCACAUGCAGCCUGAAACUGAUGUCUGGCAUCCAGGUACACUCUUCAGGUCUUACACACCAGCAAAUUUGUGGAGCGAAGCGAAAAAGUGAGACGAAAAUGCGAAAAUAUUUGCCGGUCCGAAAAAUGGCUUUCGCUUAUACAUAUUGGGUGACCACUCUGUGGUACACACUCUCUCCCAUCGUUGCUCUUGGUGCCAGUGGUGGUGUGUGUCGUGUGAACUGCAGCCACAUGGGUCUGUGAUGUCAUCAACAACCUGACUUUUGAUUGGCCAGAGGUCUAGCAGGUCCAGAUAUUCGCCUACGAAUCUCCCAAAAAUUCAACAUGAGCGAAAAAAUAAAACACGCUUUUCGCCCCGUGGAAAAAUCGCCGCUGGUGUGGAACCUUGCAUUGACUUUAUGCUGUUUUAAAAAAAGGCGAAUAAUGGCAAAUAAUUCGCCUGGCGAUUUCGCACCUGGGGCCUUAUGUAUCAACGCUGGCGGCGCCAGAAAACCUUGCGUACGCCAAAAUCGCAGCCACGUCCAGAUUUAUCAUUGCGAAACGAGCGUCGGUUCCAGCGCUAAUCAACGCAAAGUGAGGAGGUGGUGUAGAAGUUGGCGUUGAGCAGAUACUUGCGUUGACGGCACUUUGGCGACGCUGUGUGGCGGUGUUUGGUGACUCACUAUGUGACAAGGCCGAGCAGCACGUCGCCCCACAUGACGAACCAGCAGCAGACGGAGGGAUGAUAGCUGAUCCCUGCCGGGCCGCUGUCCUCACGCGGGAGGAUCUCAUCGCCACAAUGUGAAUGGGUAAGAAGUGACUACACAGUUCAAUGAGCCAAAUUAAUUUAUUUUCGCCACCAGACGCUCGAGGACAUCUACGAGCCAGUCCAGCCGCUCGUUGAUCCCCGCGAUCCCCCUGAUGAUUUCUUCCUGCGAUUGCAGGACCGCCUCCGUGAGGACCCUUCCACUGCGUCCGGGUGGUCCAGCCGAAGCGCUGUGGCUGGUGGACGCUCCACUGCUUGUCGGUGCGCUGGUGCUGAUGCUGGUGCUGAUGCUGGUGCUGAUGCUGGUGCUGGGGCCGGGGGCCGGGGUGGCCCGAAUGCCACUGGUCCUGGCCGACGACUCCGAACCGGCGGACAGGCUGCCGCGGGCCGGGGUUCCACAAGCCGGCGACACGGCCGGCACAUUGAUUUCUGUGACACAAUAAAAAUAUUGGUUCAUUUCAAUUCCUGCUUCUGUGUAUCUGUUGCGUUUACAUCUCUCUCCACGGUAUCAUAGGUAAUGUAAUCCAGUAUUUCGAGGUCAGUUAUGCACAUUACAGUUGUUUAUUGCAUAAAAAGUUAUCGAAAAAUGAAGUUAAGGGUGAAGUAUAAAUCACGUCUAAAAAUAGACUGAAUCCCGACGUUGAAAUGAAGUAUAAACUUAGACUAGACGUCUAAUAUACGUCUUUUGCUAAGUGGGAUGGCAAAGCAUGUCGACAUUUGUGUGACACGCCACUUACCCUAUAAUAAUAAUCGCCACCACCCACUGCUCAAACGGCAUGAGGGUCUCCUCCCCCUGAGCCCCACCUGUCUGGCCGGUACUCCUCCGGAGGGCAGCUGUACGCCGCUUGACCUCCACCUUGAGGUCUGACCACUUUUUUUUAAUCUCUGCGGGGGUGCGUGUCUCUGAACCCACCGCGUUCACCCUCUCGCAAACUUUCUUCCACUCCAAGCGUUUUCGUUUUGCACUGACGCCACUGGACAGGCUGCCAAACAAAACACGCUGUCGCUCCUCCACCUCCGCCACCAGCACCUCCACCUCGCAUGCCGUAAAUUUAGUUUUUCUUGUCAUUUUGUCUGCGUGCGAGGACAGGGAGACCCUAUUUAAAUAAAUCUGCAUAUUUAUAGGAGGGCGUAACAGGGGCGGGCCCAGUCACUCCAAAAUCUGCGCUCAAUUCCACGCUGAUUGGGAUUUAUCAAGGAAACACACGUGGAUUUCGGCGCCCGCACACAUUGAUACAUACGGAUUUUUUUCAGCGUGACGGACCUUGCGUGCGCUCGUUUCUGGUAUGAGUCCCACGCAAGUAUUGAUACAUGAGGCCCCUGGUGUGUAAGGACCUUUAAACCCAAUGCAGAGCGAACACUGGUGCAACAAGACUUCUCUGUCUACUCUUCGCUGUGAUUGGUGAUUAGACACGUGAGCUGUCUCUGCAACUGUGGAGAGACUGCAGCAUUCUGAGUGACCACAAGAAGAAAAAAAGAAAAAGAGUAGAAGUUACCUAGUACUAAGCAAGUUAUUGUUUCCUAUAUUCAUGUUUCCUAUAUGAGCUGCAUUUCAGGUUGGCCAAUGAAAAAGCAGUCUGGUCGGUGAAGAGGUGAGGAGGUGUCAUUUUUCUUCCAUUCAGUGAAACGACUGAAGCACAAUGACAUCUCUGAAGUUUGUCCUCUAUGUAACAUGUUUGGUCCUGGGAGAAAUUUGUAAGUCACGUUAGUAUUUCACCUUGUUUCUCUGACUUUAUGAUUCUGUAUUUUCACUUUAACUUAAACUUUCUUGACUGUUUCUGAAGUGAAGUUUACUCUGACAUUCAGAAUAUCAGGAUUUGCAUUGUCUCUCAUUCACUUUAGCUCAGACAGCUGCUGUGAAACCAUCUCCAUCUGUCCAUCAAGAGAGCCGGGAAACUGGAGAGACGCUGACUUUACCAUGUGCUUAUAAGGAAGAUACUGUUACACAGGUGUACUGGUUUAAACACAGUCUGGGAGAGAAACUAAAGCUCAUGACAUCCAGACAAAAAUAUGCACCUGGCGAUAGUUUUCAAGGUGAAUUCAAGAACAAUCCUCGCUUCUCACUGGAGACUCAAAAUAGCAGGAACAAUUUGAUAAUUUCAGAUUUGCAAAGUUCAGACUCAGCAACUUAUUCUUGCGUGAGCUGCCGUUACUGCAUGAUACAAAUUUUAGCAACCAUCCUAGUUAGUGUGAAGAACUCAUAUUUGAACAUCCCAGCCCUCAUUCAUCAGUCCAGAUCUGAGACCAUCCAGCAUGUGGGUUCUGUGACUCUGAACUGUACAGUCAAAGCUGAGACCUGUGAUGGAGGACACAGUGUUUACUGGUUCAAAAACUCUGAAGAGUCUCAACCAGGACUCCUUUACACCAAUGGAGGCAGAAAUGAGCAGUGUGUGAGAGAACCAGACUCACAAACACGCACCUGUGAAUACAGUUUACCAUUGAAGAACCUGAAUUUGUCGGAUGCUGGGACCUACUACUGUGCUGUCAUCUCAUGUGGACACAUACUGUUUGGAAACGGGACUAAACUGGACUUGGCGAGUAAGUACAAAGCUUUGGAGACAAAAUUGAUAACUGAGGCAUAAACCUCUUUGUAAUUACAGUCAUUUCCAAGAGACCUUUUUUUUUUUUUUUUUUUUACAUAAGAGGCAUAGGAGUGUAUCUUUAUUAAUUAUAUAAAACUGAGGACAGUAUCACACAGGAACAAAUGCAAACCAGCAUUUUGAUAAAAAAUAUACAGGCUAUAAAUCUUUGAAUCACUUUUGCUGCUUGAUGACUUGGCUGUAUUUGGUGCUAGAUUUAUAUUGAAAAAUGUUCUGGGGUACUGUGGUCAUUAGCACUGAGAGUUAUUACUAAAAGAUGGUAAAAGAGAUGUACACGGCUUAGCUAUGCUCGCCUGUUUCUGCUUGCAUUCAAGAGACCACAAAUGCAGAGUUUGGUGGUGACUCAGACUAUUGUUUGUAGGUCAUGCGAUACUCAGAUAAAGCAGGUGUUUCAGGAACAUCCUGAGGUCAGAACAAUACCGGCACCUCCAAGCCUUAUCUAAAAAUCUCAAGACUGUUGUACCGAUAAAACAAUCUUGAGAUUGCGUACUGAAGACCAGCUUAUUUGUGGUCUGAGGUGUAGAUGUCUUCAGCUUCCUCAAGACAGCACUAAACCACCUUUGCACCUGAGCACACUUCAGAAUAGGGGGAAAAAAUAACACUUGCACUUCUCAGAAAGAUACAGAAAAGUUCAAUAUAGAUGUGUGUGAGCCUGACAUGUUAACUGCUCAUGACUCCUGAUAUCUCACAAUCAACAGAAAAGGUGUACUUUCCCUAUCUACUGGUGUAUUUUCUGAGUGGAGGUUGGACAAUCACCACCAUACUGCUGGUUUUCUUGGUGUGCAGGAUGAACAAAAGAAGCCACCAAUGCAAAGGUAAGUGGUAAUGCACAUCUGUUAUCUGCAAAGAAGUAUUUACUGAAGAUGGCAUGUAAAUGUUCUGAGGUUUUCAUUUUUUAUUUCAUAACAGAGUGCAAGGAAACAAGAGCCCCCAUCACAUUUUCAAAGGUAAAUACCAUCUGUUUAAAGUAACAGCUGAUUUUUGCAGUUUUUCCAGACUUAUUUGAUAUGAACUGUCUCAUGAUUGAGUCAGGGCCACUUUUUCAAAGUUUUGUGUAAAGAGUUUGUGAUCUCAUGGGAAUCUACAGGUUUAUUUUGAACCCAUGACUCUGACACACACAAAAAAGAAGAGUGACCGAGAGGUUAAAUAAGUAAAUACAGACAAACACUUUCAUGCUCUUUUCCAGGUUUACAAAGCCCACCGAUCAAGAGUGCAGAGGAACAACACCUGGAGUGAAUGUGUGUACUUAAGUGUUACAGAGUAG